CUCAUCAUCCUUGAAUUCCUCCCGUUAGGUCGGAUUUCAACUUCUUCUCACCCUCACCCGGAUUUUUUCUUUGACCCGAAUCCGUUUUUGUUCUUUAGGUGCAAAGUCCAUUCCCCCCUUUGAAACAUUCAAAGCAGGCAUGAAUCACGUCACCCGCAUUUCCCCCUGUUUCUUUGCUUCCAACUGAAUUUACAUACACCCCUGAUUAAAUUGAUGGCUUCCCUGGAAAUCUCUUCCUGUUCAGCUGCAUUUCCAGUUUUCUCAACAUGGGCUCUAAUUCUUGUCGAAAACUGACUUCUUUCAUUCAUGCUGUUUCCAUACAUUUUCUCUUGCUUUUCACUUUCAUAUCCACCUACAUUUUCAGGUUGCAACGAUAUGGUGGUUUCUUGAAGAAGAGCGAUAAGGAAAUAACUCUUUUGGAAGCAGGGUCGGAGAGUGAAGCUGAGGAAGAUGUUGCUAAGUUCAGAGAUUUUGAUACUGAUGCCGAGGAAGAAGAGAAACCAGAGUUACCUUUGAAAUUCAAGUUUCCAACCUUCGAAGAAUUUAGCAGAAUCCAGGCAGAGACAGGUGAUUUGUUUUAUGAAAUUGAUGGUAAUGAAAUCGGUGAGUUUUCUGAGGAUGAGGAGGUUGUUGAUGGAAGAUUUUUGAGAGUUUAUGAGGAAACAGGAUGUUUUCAGGCAUUUGAUGGAGAGGAAAAUGAGAAAACUGAGAGAGUGGAAUUUGCAGAAAGUUCAGAAAAGAAGGCAUUGCCAGUUCAAGAACCGGAACAGGAACAAUUUUUUGAUGAAUCUCAGUUUUGUUGUGAGGAAAACAGUGACGGUUUCCUGUCUGUAGGAGAUUUCAAAUAUAUUGAUUGUGAGGACGAGAAAAUAGUAUCGUCAGAGAGUGAACUGUCGGAGCCUGGAGAAAAUCAGGACUUGUCAGAGUAUUUCGCUGAUGAAGAAAUUAGUGAUACUAUGGAGGAGGUCAAGAAAUUGGAAGAGUACAAUUUACAGAGUCCCAAUGGAUUGAACUCAGAUUUUCUGUCUGAGAAAGAUUUCAAUGAAAAUUCAGGUCUUGAAUUUGACGCUGAAUUUCCUCAAAAUGGUGAUGUAAGAAUGAAGAGUGGUAAUAAUUCUGAAAAAACAAAGCCUAACGAUACAUCGACAUCGGAUUCUGGGGAUGCAAACAGACUUGAGACACUGUGGGAGCAUCAAGAAUUGAUUGAGCAGUUAAAAAUGGAACUAAAAGAUGCAUCCAUGUCCGAUUCUGGCGACGCAAACAAGCUGGAGUCACUGUGGGAGCAUCAAGAAUUGAUUGAGCAGUUGAAAAUGGAACUCAAAAAGAUCCGAGCGACAGGCCUGCCCACGAUUUUAGAAGAAUCGGAGUCCCCACACAUAAUGGACGGCUUGAAGCCAUGGAAGAUCGACGAAAACUUCCAGCAUGAAGAUUGCAUGGAUGAGCUUCACAAAUUCUACAAAAGCUACACGGAAAUGAUGCGUAAAUUUGAUAUCUUGAACUACCAGAAGAUGUACGCCAUGGGUUUUCUUCAGCUUAAGGAUCCUUUCCAAUCAACAUCGCAGCAAAAGCCUUCGGCUCCAACACUCAGAUCCCUUGUCUCUCAAAACCUUUGGCUGUUCAAACAUAAAAGCCACGGCAGUGAUCCUGUUAAGAAGUUUGUCAAUGAGUUGGAGGGCGAUCUUGAGGUGGUAUACGUGGGACAGACGUGCCUGUCCUGGGAAAUCUUGCGCUGGCAAUACGAGAAAGCCUUAGAUCUGUGGAACUCUGAUCCCGAUGGAAUCCAUCGGUACAAUGAGGUUGCCGGUGAGUUCCAGCAGUUUCAAGUGCUCGUCCAAAGAUUCAUAGAAGAUGGACCUUUCCAGGGGACAAGAGUUCAGAGUUAUGUCAAGAGUCGAUGUGUUCUUCGUAAUCUUCUCCAGGUUCCUGUCAUAAGAGAGGACAAUGUGAAAGACAAAAAGAAGGCCUGGAAACAAGAUGGAGACGAAUGCGCUAUCACAAGCGACAUGUUGGUGGACAUCGUGGAAGAAUCAAUCAAAAUAUUUUGGCGAUUUGUUCGAACGGACAAGGAUUCCACCGCUCUAGCGAUCAACGUCCACAAGAAAAAUUCCCAACUUCACAACCCUCAAGACCUCAAGCUUCUACUCGAAGUCAGGAAAAUUCUUCAAAAGAAGGAAAGGAAGCUCAAGGAUGUGGUGAGGAGUGAAAGUUGCAUUUUGAGGAAAUUCCAGCGGAGUAGGGAAGAUGAUUGGGACCAACUGCUUUACUUUUUCGCACAAGUAGAUGUGAAAUUAGUGGGCAAAGUGUUGAACAUGUCGAAAAUAACAAGAGACCAGCUUGUCUGGUGUAGGAACAAGUUGAGCAGGAUUAGCUUUGUGAAUAGGAAAAUAUGCGUAGAGCCCGCUUUUUCCCUCUUCCCUUGUUAAUUUUCAUAGGAUGCUCGCUCGUUUCUUGCAUGUACUUCUUCUUCUUACAGGAAUCCAGGUGUAAUAUUUUACUUAGAAAAGUUUUCCUCCCUCAUAAUUUCUCUUUGGAUAUAGAAAAGUAAACGCGGUUCUGAGA